GCGCUCUGCACCAAAGUCCCCGAGCUGGUCCGGACCAUCCUGGGCUGGACCAUGGAGUACAUGCGGGAGCACGUCCUGGCCUGGAUCCAGGCCCAGGGAGGAUGGGAAGGGCUCCUCUCCUACUUCGGCACCCCGACUUGGCAGACCAUCACCAUCUUCGCCGCCGGCGUCCUCACGGCCUCGCUCACCAUCUGGAAGAU